AUGGCGCACGACACGAGUCCUGAGCAGGAGCUUGAGCAGCGCAACCGGCUGCCAACUCUCAUGGAGGUCUUGGGGAGAAGAACACUAGCCCCAGUGGACUUGUUCUCGUUCUACAUCUACAUGCGCGAUCAACAGCGCUCAGUUGACUACCUUGAUUUCUGGCUCGAUGUCUCACAACACAUGUCUCUUUGCAGGCACUACGUUCGGGAGUUGCGGCGCUCAAUGCUCGUAGAUACUCCUGAGAUGGAGAAAGCAACUAGCAAAAGGUCGUCUGCGCUUCUGGGAGACUUCGAUCUCGGUGAGGGCAUGGACACAAGAAAAAGCGGACAAGAGUCCAGGGUGUCAGCAAUUUUGCGGGGGGACAAUGGAACUCGCACCAAGCCGACAAGCAGAGGCAGAGGAGGGUCUUAUGAUCAUUCACCGGCCCACAGCAUGGGUUCAUCACACUCGAGAAACUACAGCCGGCCAUCAGGAGACCGGCAAUCUCUCUCUGAACAGCUGCCGCAGCCUAGCUAUGCUGCCACCGAAGUACGGACAGACUCGAACUCCCCCGGCCAUAGUGUCGCUAGGGCCGACAUUAAGGCCAGCGCGGAGAAGAUCCUUUACACGUUCGUGCUUCCUGGGUCAGAAAGAGAGAUCGUCUUGCCAGAUUCGAUGCUGAACAAGAUAAUACGCGCCAUUGAGGAAGAAGGCCGUGAUGAUCCCGAGGUAUUCGACGAUGCGAAGGAUUAUGUUUUCCAGGCCAUGGAAAGAGAUGCCUUCCCUGGCUUCCUUCAGGCCAAGGCCCUAGGGAAUCUUGUACCCUUGAGUGUGUUGAUCAGACUCAUUAUCGGCCUCUCCAGUUUGAUGGCGGGUUUUUGGGGCGGGUAUUACAUGAUUCUCAGAAACAUUUCGCGAAGUACCAGGUGUUGGCUCAUUCUGCCGUUCGUCAUUGGUUCGUAUUUCCUUGUGUCGUACCAGUACAAACUCGAUAUCAUCACGGCAUAUUUGGGCUUCUCGGAGUACACGUGGAUGAACUGGUCAAGGGUUAGGGAGCCUUUUGUCAGGAGACUCCUCCUGACGCGAGCGACCAUGGCGUUCUUUAUGUUCGCAGCUGUAGCUGUCGGGCUAAGUGUACUAUUCAUAUUCGUUCCUGGGACGAAUUUCUGA